AUGAAACCUGCGCUCCUGCUUGGUUGCGCCUUCGUCGUGGUUGUGUUGGUGCUGGUGAUCCCCGAGGUUAACUGCAACGUGCAUGAUUUCGAGGGAAAUGAGCUGCACGUGCCGGAGUAUGAUCGACGACGACCGAUGGCAAAGGAUCAGGGUGUUGGAGUUGGGCGUGGAUUUGCGGAGAGUGCCCGUGACAUCCUGGCAAGUCCUGCCGGUCAGCUGGCGGCCUACGUCGCUAAGGAGAUGAUCAGUCGAUCCGCAGGAAAUAGCCAGGUGCUCAGCCUGAACCUAACCAACCUGCUGAUUCUGUUCCUACUAAAGGCGCUCAUCUUCGCCGCUGGGCUGAUCGGUGCCGGUAAUUGGAGCCAGUACGCUCGCGGACGCAGUGAAGAAGGUGCCAACGGUGGAGGGUUUCUACUACCGGGCGAGGCCAACCUCAUCAUAGGUUACCUGGCUGCAGAAGGUUCCGGCCAGGAUGGGUGUCUGAUGCGAUCAGCCUGCAGGGCACCACGGACGGCUGACGAGUACGCUCGAGCUGCGCACGCCCUUAUGAAGGGUGCCGAGAUGUUCAGCCCGGAUGUGGCGGAAAACUACAACUACAAGCGGCUACUCGCGAACCUGGACCGGGCCGCACUCGAAGGUCUGCAGGGUGCACCGUGUGAAAUGAUCUACGCCUGUCACAUCUGA